CUUCAUAGCGCAGUAGAAGCUUUACUCAGCUGAGCUCGGAGCUCCUGUCAAUGGCGACUCUCAUCCCCUUCACAAGCUCCAUCCGCUGCCUCCCUCCUACUCCCGCUUUCGCAGCGACCAGCAAGCCCCUUGCCGUCCUCAGCAGCGAACGGAAAAUGAGGGUCCCUUACGAGCUCAGGAAGGGGCAGAGCCGCCUCUUCCACGAGCUUCCUUCUGGCCUGUCCAUGGAGGUCAUCGUGCAGGAGGGAGCUAAACCAGGCGAAAGAACCGGAGACCCGCCCCUGGUUUUCGUUCAUGGGAGCUACCAUGCCGCCUGGUGCUGGGCCGAGCACUGGCUGCCUUUCUUCUCGAGCAGGGGUUUCGACUGCUACGCUCUGAGCUUGCUCGGUCAGGGUGAGAGUGAUGUUCCUCCAGGUUCUGUUGCUGGUUCCCUUCAGACACAUGCCGCUGAUGUUGCUGACUUUAUCAGCAGAAACCUCGCCCUGCCCCCGGUCUUGCUCGGGCAUUCAUUCGGAGGGCUUAUCGUACAAUACUAUCUUGCAAACAUUAAGAGCGGACAGUAUUCAGAAAUGCAAGGCUCAUUCCCGGAACUUGCUGGAGCUGUCCUUGUUUGCUCUGUACCUCCCUCUGGUAAUAGUGGCUUAGUGUGGCGAUAUCUAUUUACCAAACCUAUUGCUGCUUUCAAGGUCACACGUAGCUUGGCUGCUAAAGCUUUUCAGACUUCUGUUCCUCUCUGCAAGGAAACGUUCUUUUCUCCGAUGAUGGAAGAUCAGCUGGUGCAACGUUACCAGUUGCUGAUGAAAGAGAGUUCACAUAUGCCCCUGUUUGACCUGAGGAAGCUAAAUGCAUCUCUUCCGGUUCCAUCUAUUCCAAAAUCCACGGUUCAGAUCCUUGUGAUGGGCGCCAAUAAUGAUUUUAUAGUGGAUGCAAAAGGACUCGAGGAGACAGGAAACUUCUACAGAGUCUCGCCAAUCUGUGUUGAAGGGGUUGCCCACGACUUGAUGCUGGAUUGUUCAUGGGAGAAAGGCGCUGAAGCUAUCUUGUCAUGGCUAAGGAUGGAACUUGUAUAGGACGGUUCUAAUCUGAGUGCGGUGAGCCCAGGGCAGCUUGUCUUCACCGUUCGUCGUGCUGUACUAGUCUUACCUCCUCGGUCAAGAAUUACAUGACAGAGGCAGGGCCCGAAACGAAACCUGACCUGGUCUGCAUCCGAAUCUAAUUGCUGAGAAAGAUUUUGGGUCAAAUCAAAACGGGUGAUUUAAGUUUUUAUCGACUUCCUGAUGUACUAUUGUGGACGCAAAGGGCCAAAUUAGAAGUUGCCUCCCUAUGUUUAUGAUAAUAUAACCAUUGGAUCGUGGAAAAUUUUUUGCAA